GUACUUCCGUUUUAUGCUGAAGUACCUCCGAGCAUUGAACAUCCGUCUUAACUCAAUUUAUUGAAUCUACGAGAGAAACUACAAUGUGGUCUUCGAAGAAAUUUGGAAUCACGUGUUGCGCGUUGCUGGUGUGUCUUAGCAAUGUCUCUGCUCAAGUCAGCGAAGACAAUCCACCAGAGCCCCCGGAUUGUCCACAAACCACUUCAACAGUUUUUGAGGGGACCACCACCUCCACUGUUGAGGACUUGACCAUAGUCACCGUAACGGCUUAUGAAAAUAACACGGGUAUCGUGCAAGAAUCAUCCUUCGCCAAACGUCAAUUGAACGACGUCCCAUCUGAGACCUCUGCCUCCACCACGACCUCAAAUGGAACAUCAGAUCUGACACCUUCACCCGACCCCACGGGAAGCUCAAGCUGUAUUCUUCGUCCCGAACCAUCUCCCGCGACUGUACCAUCAACAGUUAUCGUCACAACUCCACGCUUGAUCACAACGACCAUCACCAAAACGUCUGCUGUUCGACCCGGCGGAGACCCAGGUAGUGCUUUAGCUACUCCUGUUGUCUCUGCGCAACCUUUGACUGACUCAAAGAGCCUUCAGAGUCCCCCAGAGGAAACCCUAACACCAGCCGUGCAGCCAAAGCCUUCACUGGUUUCGCCAAAUAAUGGCACACCAGGACAGUCUCCACCGAAUCAGCCAGGCAGACAGCCAAGUGCACAACCGGAUGCACAGCCAUCUUCGCCUAGCAAUGAUAGACCAGGUCAACCCCAACCCAAGCAGCCAGAAGGACAACCGGGUUCGCAACCUGUCAAUGCCGCGCCAGGACAACCUCAGACAGCUCAACCAGAAGAUUCUGCACCUACUGGGGUUCACGGACAGCCGGAUGCGACACAAGGGGCUCCAGCACCACAGAAUACAAAUGUACAAGGUGUACCACAGCCUGCCGCAACGCGAGUUGAUACAUCAGACAAUGAAAACCCAGCUGCACCUGGAAAGUCCGAAACCGUUCCUUCCACAGGCGCGGAUGGCAAAGCUACACCUGUUGUGGUCUCGCCUCCUAUCAACGCGACGUCAGAUGUCACUGUCACAUCUACGGGCGCAGAUGGCAAAGCCACUCCUUUGGUGAUCUCGCCUCCGUCAUACGUCACAAUUAUCUCCACAGGUACGGAUGGCAAGCCUACUCCAAUUGUAGUCUCGCCUUCUUCAAACGACUCGCCCGCAGACGGAACGUCUACAAGUUCUGGCCAGCCAGCAGAGUUCACCGGCGCAGCUCAUCGUGAAGCUUCGAGCGUUCAAAAUUCAUUGCUGGCUGUCCUAGUUGGCAUAGUCUUCUUGCGAUUGUAGAUUAAGUCGAGAUACAACGUACGAGACUUCAAGAUGUUGUCUGGGGGUUGAUCAUGAGACGAAGUCAUUAAUCUGUAAUGAGAGCCUUUGUGGGACGGAUAGGAAGUAGUAGAGAAGAAAUCAUCUCUCAAGCCAAUUAGCAUCAACCUUGAGCUGUUGCUUGAUACGACAUCGGAUGGCUGGACUGAGCCAUUAUCUCGAUAAAGCCGGUACAGCCUUUUGUACCUCUUCACUAACUCACAGUUCCUGAAUUAUGCCUGACGCCUUACCGUGUCCGUGCACUCAACGCGCGGAUUCAGUCAACGCGCCGAACCACCCUAACAAGCACCUGCAAAAAUGAGGCUGUACAGCCACAUACAAUAGUUGUUAUUACAGGAUAAUCUAGUGGAUUGUUCUAUAGGCCUAUGCGACGAUAUUCUCUUAUACAAGUUAAUUGUAUACAGUUGCUGUUCUACCGCUGCGGGUGGUGUGGGUGCGAGGUGCGGCAGGAGGCCCUGCAG